UGCAGAUAGAUGACCAGGUCCAGGAGCCGAGAGGGUCGAGUGUGGCUGAGACUGAUAAGCAGCAAACGCCUGGUUUCCCGGCGGCUCUGAGGCCUUCGCACAGGGAACUGCACCCCCAGACAGCGAUUGAAGAUAAAAGCUUCUUGGGGAGCCAAAUAGCCAGAAGCACCUGUGCUGCAAGGGUGAAUGUGCAGGAUGAAGACUGCAGAGAGCGAGGUCCCUGAUGUGCACUUCUCUGUAGAUAAACAGAACAUCUCUCUCUGGCCCCGAGAGCCUCCUCCCCAGACGGGUUCGUCUCUGGUUCUGAGGAAAACGUGCACAGUCCGUGCUGCUGUAAUCGUCCUGACGCUGGUCCUGCUUGCCUCUGUCCUGCUGCAGGCCAUUCUCUAUCCGUGGUUUAUGAACACACUAUCAGAUGUAAAGACCAGUGCCCAGUUGCUGAACGGUCGUGUGGACAACAUCAGCACCCUGAGUUCUGAAAUUAAGAGGAACAGAGGUGGCGUGGAGGCAGCUGGCAUUCAGGUCCAGAUGGUGAAUGCUAGCCUCGAUCAUGUGCAUUCUCAUAUCCGGAGGUUGGAAGCUGGUGUGAAAACAGCCAAUGCACAGAUCCAGAUAUUAACUAAAAGUUGGGAGGACAUCUAUAAUUUAAAUGCCCAAAUCCCAGAGUUAAAAAGAGAUUUGGAUAAAGCCAGUGCUUUAAAUCAGAAGGUCCGGGGACUCCAGAGCAGUUUGGAGAAUAUCAGAAAGUUGCUCGAACAGCAAAAUGACAUUCUACAGAUGGUUUCUCAAGGCUGGAAGCACUUCGGGGGGAACUUCUAUUACUUUUCUCGUGUCUCAAAGACCUGGUACAGUGCCCAGCAGUUCUGUAGAUCCAGGGAUUCACACCUGACUUCAGUGACUUCAGUGAGUGAACAGGAGUUUCUGUACAAAACAGCUGGUGGACUUGUCCACUGGAUUGGCCUGACCAAAGCAGGGAGUGAGGGGGACUGGAAAUGGGUGGAUGAUACUCCAUUCAACAAGGCCUUGAGUAUGAGGUUCUGGAUUCCAGGUGAGCCCAACAAUACUGGGAACAAUGAACACUGUGCCAAUAUGAACAGGUACUCGCUUCAGUCAUGGAAUGAUGCCUCCUGUGACAAAACGUUCCUUUUCAUCUGUAAACGGCCCUCUAAGCCAUCAGAACCAUGACAGGACUGGCCCCCAAGCUGGUACUUUGAGCUCCAGUGCUUGACGAACUCGAGGAAAUGCUGCUCUGUCCUCCAUACUCCUGGGUGACUUUGCAUCUUAAUUUUCCUUGCUUCAAAAUUGUCCCAAAGGCAUCCUGGAAUCUGUCUGCCUUGGCUCGGAGUUCUCCGCCCCUACAGAGGUAGCUGGAAUGGAAAGGCGAUCUUGGGUCAAAAUGGGAGGGGAGUGUGGAGAGGAUUUAGAAACUAAAACUGCCUCAGCAAGGUGGAUCAGGACUCAUAAUUUGGGGCAAUACCCUGGGAUUUCUUGUACCUUCAGAGAAGCCUCAGUUUCACCUCAUGAAAUUUGCUUCAGACGUCCAAGCAAUUCUGAUUGCAUACUCAGCGCUUUUCUGGUUGAUUCCCCCCAAAUUCCCAGUUGUCCAUGUUCUCAGUGGGAAGAGCUCUGCUCUUGGUGAUUCUGUCCGUGCCACGUCCUUAUCAUCCUCUUCAUCUGCAUCCUCUGAGGUCUGAACCUCUUCUUCACCUGGACGGGAUCAACUGGUUCAGAUCAGAGUCUGACAUGGAAACGUGUCUCAUUUUAGAGCUGGACCAACAUCCGGGCUCUUUCUCCUUUCCCCACACUCGUAAACUCUGAGGCCCAGCCACCUUCCCACCCCCAGCCUCACCGCCUUGCACCUCCUCUUUCUUUUUCAUUUCUCCUCUUCCCAUGCCCUGUGCAGAGGA